ACCUGCUGGCUGCCCGGGGGCGAGGCUGCGCAGUUUGCUCGCAGUCUCGCAGUCGGAGAGGCCGCCGCUGCCGCUGGGAGUGGGUGGGUGUGCGCUUCACCUGCUCAGCUCGUUCUUCCAGCCUUCCACCCCCCCCACCGCCAAUUGCAAGCAGUCGGGAAGGACCGUGUUGGCAGCAGCCCGUUGGCAGAAGACGAGGACGCCUCGCCGAGCUCUUCAUGUUGUGUGGGGUGGAGAUCUCGCCUGGAUUCCGUAGGAUUAAAACACAUUGCACAAUCAAGACCCCACAAUGAGUGUAACAUCAUGGUUCUUAGUCAGCAGCACUGGUAUUCGACAUCGGCUUCCACGAGAAAUGAUCUUUGUGGGAAGAGAAGACUGUGAGCUUAUGCUUCAGUCCCGUAGUGUUGAUAAGCAGCAUGCAGUAAUCAACUAUGAUCCAGCCAGUGAUGAGCACCUAGUGAAGGACUUGGGCAGCCUUAACGGGACAUUUGUGAAUGACUUAAGAAUUCCAGACCAAACAUACAUAACCCUUAAACUUGGAGACCUCAUACGAUUUGGCUACGAUCCUCACAUGUACAUGCUGGAAAAAAGUGAACACAGAGUCCCAGAAGAGGCGUUGAAGCAUGAGAAGUACACGAGCCAACUGCGGAUGGGUCUUAAAAGUUCAGAUGGUAGGAGGGGAGUUGAUCAUGCUGAUGAUACAAUCGGGGAAACAAAUACCUCAAAAUCCAAAUAUGAAAAAGCAGAACGUAAAGGACCAACAGAUAGCAGCAUAUCCCGUCCAACACCACUCUAUGGUCAGCCAUCGUGGUGGGGUGAAGAUGAUGUUGGCGGCAUUCUGCAACAUGAUGACAGUAGACAUCUGGAAGACUCGCAUUCAGAAAUUCACAAGGAGACCUCCAAACAUGAUCCAGACUUAAAUGAAAACAUUACUGAUAACCAGGAUCUGCAGACAAGGUCUAUCUACUCUUACAGACGAGAACCAAGUUACUUUGAAAUCCCAACCAAGGAGUUCCAGAUGCGCACUAAAAGUCCAGAGACAGAAUUACAUGAGAUUCCCACCAAAGAUACAGACACACCUAGCACUGUUACUCCCCCAGUAGUUCAGAGUCAUGCAUCCUUCACCAUUGAGUUUGAUGACUGCACCCCUGGAAAGAUCAAGAUCAAAGAUCAUGUGACUAAGUUUUCCUUCAGCAAACGUAAACCUCUUGGCAAAGAUACAGCAGUUGCCCCUACUGAAGUAAUGUCCAUAGAGAAUAAGGUGGCAGACUGGCUUGUUCACAAUGACCCCAGCAUCAUAAAAUGGAAGUCCCCUUCUGAUGAUGUAUACAGCACUAAAAGUGAUCUGCCAGUUCACAUUAAAACUCUCAAAGGCAACCAACAUGAAGAUGGAACUCAGAGUGACACAGAAGAUGCAGUCCAGGUGGAACAACCAACCAAACAGAUCUCGACUAAGGAAAAGGUUCCACCCCCACCAGAGCUGCAGUCUUCUGUGCAAAGUCAUGCCAAGCAUAGCCCACAGGAAUUACUGAACCAACAAGCUUUUGUUAUAGAAUUCUUUGAUGAUAAUCCACGCAAGAAAAGGUCACAAUCUUUUACCAAUAAUGCUGGACAUAAUGAUUCCUUUUCUACCCUGAAGGCUAAGCUGGAAAAAAGACGAGGUACGAUGACUAUUGAAAAGUCAGCUGUUGACUCUCAACAUGGUCUUGGGUCACCGCAGCCAAUAGGAGAAUCACUAAAAAGCACAGGUGUCCCCCAGAGGUCUAGCUCCCUCAAGCGAGAAAAAACAGACGAUCGUAUUAAUGCCAAUACUUCGGUUGUCACAUCCCACAUUACAGUAGCUGUAAAGCCUUUUGCCAAUGUGGGGAAAAAAAACAAGGUGAACCAGAACUUUUCAUCUGGGCUUUAUAGAGAUUCAAUGCCAGAGAAGACGUUUUCCCCGCUGUUGAAUACUGCAGCAUUGUUGGCCACAGCCUCACCUGUCCACUCUCCUACUCACUCACCCAGUCCUGUUUUGGUUAAUACUUCCCAUAAUACUCCUUUAUGUCCUUUUACCAUUCAACAAGGAGAAACUAAGGCUGCUGGAAAUGAAGAGGAAGACAGCUUAAGUGAUGCUGGGACAUAUACCAUAGAGGCAGAAUGUCAAGACAAGGAGAUGGAAGAGCCCAGAAGUAUUAUUGAGCAGUCUUAUGGUACAUCAUCAGAAGGAGGACCUAAAUGGGUAUCACGCUGGGCAAGUUUGGCGGACACCUUUGAAGAUUCUGGUUCCACAGAAGGCUUGAGUGAUAAUCCACAGCGUAUUGAAGUUCCAGACAGAAAUGAAAAACCUGACCACCAGGCCAUACUCAGUCAACCUAUCCAUCAUACAGAAUUUGACAUUAGCCAUUCUGUUAGAACAAGAAGACGCUUGCCUCAGGUUCCUCCAGCAGACAAGACAGAAAUUAUUACUCCUAGUAUUCUGGUUCCCAGUGACUCUUACACUUCAUACAAAAUUCCUGAAAAGAGCUCAAAAAUGCCCAAGCAACAGGAAGAUGUGCAGAGACUUAAUGUUCAAGAUGACGUGGAUCCAGAUAGUUUGAGUGACACUAGCAAAUCAGAUGAGGGUUCAUUUUGGGAAAGAGAUAAGAAACAAAAAUCAAUAAGAUCUGUUGAAACAUCUAAAAACAGAAAGCCAUGGAGCAAUUUUGGAACACAUCAGCAGACUGAUGAAAGAGGGGGAUCCAAAGCACAACAUACGUCUUUUUAUAUUGCCUCAGAAGAAGCUCCUUUAAAGCAAAUGUCGGCAGUAAGUCAUACUACCAUUGACGCAGGGUCUGAGCAUGACACUAGAUCUGGUUCAGAAAGUUCUAGCAUUCGGGAAAAGACGUUGCAUAGUCAGGAAUCCAAGAAGUUAGGGAAACCUCUUAGUUUGGUUACAAAAAGUGUUCCCCAAGAAAGAGAGGUUCUUUCAACCAAAGACACCUCAGUAUCUCUGGUCCGCCAGGAAAGCUUCACCAAAGAUCGCCCAAGUGAUGAUGUUACUGUCAACAAGCUUCCUCACAUUUCAAGUCAUUCAUCCAUGAAGGAUUUUGAAGCAACAAAUCCUUAUGACAUAGACUGCCAAGAUACACAGCAGAUCCUUAAAGAAACUGAAAAUACUCUAGCUGUCCUGGAAGCCAGAUUGCAGUCUCAGAGUAGUAGCCCAAAGCAAAAAUCUGAGAGUCCUUCUACCCAUAUGGAAGACUCCCUAUCUGGUGAUUCUGAUAUUGACACUGCUAGUACUGUCAGUUUAGUAAGCAACAAAAAUGUGCCAAAUGUUAGUCGAAAAAAGACCAGUGUCACGGCUGUGCAAAAGGACACAUCCUCAGCAAAUGUCUCUGUUCAGAAGCAGACAAGUGCCCGUGAAAGGCUUUCUGAAACCCGCAAGAAGCAUGUAGGGGACCGACAAGUAGACAAGACAGACCCAACUAAAAGAUUUCAUCUGAGGCGGAGUUCUGGAACACGUGGUUCAUUGGAUUUUACUGAUGACUUUCGCAAUUCGAACAUAUCAUUCCCACCUGAUACAGCUUCUUCAGACCAUGAAUCCACUUCUCGUUCCUCUCUGAGGAAAAAGCCAAUUAUACAACCUUUAAAGGAUGACGGUGGCAAACCUCUGAAGCCAGUAGUCCAGCAAGGUCUCACUCGUUCUAACAGUUUGUCUGCACCAAGGCCUACGAGGGCAUCUAUGCUUCGGCGAGCCCGUCUUGGCGAGGCUUCUGAUAAUGAAGGUGCUGACACAGAUCGAACCCCUGUAAACUUAGAUGGCACAACCUUGUCAAAAGCUCAGAAUGAGAACAAAAAAUAUUCAAGGCUGGAUAUUUUGGCAAUGCCACGGAAAAGAACAGGCUCUUUUACAGCGCCAAGUGACACUGAAUCAAGUACACCUCGAAAUCGGGCUCUUGAUGCAGCCAAUAAGGGACGCAAGUCUGCAGCUGUUGAAAGCAGCAAAGCUGUGAUCAGACGAACUUUAGGGGCAAGUGAAAGGCAGCCUGUCUCUAGAGCGCGAUCAAGCAGUGCCAAGUAUUCUUCUACAGUUAGUUCAAGGAGACAACAGAAAGGCUCCGAUUAUACCUCUACAUCUGACGAGGACAAUGAUUCCAACCAAAGUUCCACUAAACACAAGCGGUCCCAUGCAUCUGCAGCCACUCAGACUUCCAGGGUCCAUGGCAGGCAAAAUAUAACCCCCCAAGACAAUGAAGACACAGAUGAAAAUGAGAAUGACCCCUAUCAGCACUGGUCAACACACAGUGCAGAAAUAGCAAGACUAAGUCAGGACCUAGCUAAAGACCUUGCAAUUUUGGCACGCGAAAUCCAUGAUGUAGCAGGGGAUGGUGAUGCACAAGGUUCUAUGGGAACAGGGCAGAAUGCCACUACCACUUGCUUACCCAAUACACCAGUGUCCACAAUAUCAGCCAGAGAAGAGUUGGUCCAGCACAUUCCAGAGGCCAGUUUGAAUUUCCAAAAAGUUCCUCCUGGAUCUUCAAAAGUCAAAAAGGAGCUCAAUUCAAAUAUAAAUGAUUCAGAUUUAAGCUCCAAACACAGAACGUGGAGCAGGGAAGAGGUCAUUUUAGAUAACCUGAUGCUAAACCCUGUGUCUCAGCUCUCACAUGCUAUUCGAGAAAAUACAGAGCAGCUGGCUGAAAAAAUGAAAGUCAUGUUUCAGAGCAGAGCAGUCAACUGGGAAGAAAUUGAAGCAAAAAUCAAUUCUGAAAACGAAGUGCCAAUACUGAAGACCUCAAACAAGGAAAUAACAUCAAUUCUAAAGGAACUGAGAAGAGUUCAAAAACAGCUAGAAGUUAUCAACAAUAUCAUUGACCCCACUGGUGGUACAGACCUUCGUUCUAGGGGUUUAUCAAGUGCUACGCCUGUUACCAGUGUAAAUCGCCAAGUUGCCACAGCAGGGGACUCAGGAACUUUUGCACAAGGAGGGGGUUUCCCUUUGUUAAGCUCUCGUAUUGGGGGUGAGCAGGGGAAGAAGAAAGUGAGUGCUGAUGACAAGGGCUACAUUGUCUGAUUCUAUUUGCAUUUGUAAUUCAUGUUAUGUAUUGGUUAUUGAUGGAUGACUGUGGAUUUAGGCUUGAUUUCAGAGAUUUUGUAUAUGUCUUGUAUAUUGUUGAUAUGCUGUAUAAAACAACUUGUUUCUGAGUGGAUUGCAAAACUACUUUUGCCUUUUUAUGGAGGCAUUUUAUCACUGUGCAGCAGAAUGCAUUCAGUAUCAAGCCUUGUGUAAAAUGGUAAAUGGGUGGCGGGCCUUCUUUUCAUGAACAACUGUAGAGCCAUUUCAUAGUGCCAUAUUGAUUUUUGUGCUUUGUGUAUAAAAGCAUAUUGAUGAAUUAAUGUAAAACAAUCAGAGAAAUUGUUUCUUUUGUACUGUCAAAAUGGUGUUUUACUUUUGUUAUGGCAGAAUUUACAUUGCCAGCAGUGUCCCUGCACAGAAAACAGUGUUAAUACUGUAUGUUGCGAUGUUAUUGUGUUCAGUCAGCUUUGUCAUACAAUUAUGUGAAAUUAGAAUGUAAGACGCAUGGAUGCAGCAGAUAAUAAUGCAAAAUGUUGAAAUUCACUGAAAUUGUUUUGGUGAAAAAUGUGGGGAGGAAAAUAUUUUAAUUUCUUUCAGUUUUACAACACACUCAUUGUUAUUUCUCAAAUUUGAUCAAAAAUAUUCAUGCAGCAUAUGCAAUUUUAAUAAUUCUCUGUGUCAAUAUACUUUUACAGGCAGAACAUUUCUAUAUUGGUUAAAAAUUGUCAUUGGUGCAAGCGUACAUAAAACAAUGCCUCAAAUAUGAAAGUCGCUAUGUCAUUUUCAUAUUUGGUGAACACACUUUACUUGUGAUGUGUGGCCUCUGAUUUUAGAAGAACUGCAUUUUGAAAGUGAGCUCUUGCCUUGAUUUCCAUGAGAGCAUAAGUUACUGUAGUAAUGCUUUUAUUUUGUAGAAUGCUGAACCUCAUGCACUUUAUGUCUCUGAGCCAAUGAAAACCUACAGUAUAGUUAUCGAAUGUGGAGUAGGUGAACACAGUUCUUUGUCUGAUACAGUGGCAGUAUUUUACAAAUCCAACCUGGGGCUACAUGAAAUUCCACAUUUAACCUGCAUAUUGCAUCAUUGAAUAUGUGUAUUGUUUAGGCCUUUAUAGUGUUUAUUACUGGGGUUUAUACAAAUAGUUAACAUGCACACUAAUUCAGAUUACUACCUUUGUAAACUGUUUGUGGAUGCUGAAGGCUGGAUAGACUUCAAAACUUUUGCUUUUGGGUCACUUUCACCACUCUUUAUUGUGGAUAAUUUAAAGGUAUGUCAGCAGGUUCUUCUUUAAAACACAGGUUAUGUGUACCAUGUUUUGGGAAUAUAGGGGCAGAAUAGCAAGAAGUUAGAACAGGAGGCACCCUAGAGAAUCUGUGCUUCUAUUGCCAGCUUUGCACAAAUGACUUGGUUUGUUUUUAGUCUGUUGCCUCUUCAUUAUCAUCCUAAAAUAAUAUAAAAGUCUGUCUUUUAUUCACUUGUCUGGUCACCUCAGUACAGUGUGUCACAAGCUUUAAGUGAUCUUUUCAUGCAUCAUAGAUGACCAUAAAUCACUUCAUAGUUGGGUUUGUGUAAAAAAAAAAAAAAAUUAGACCUGUUUGUUUAUCAUCGCUUUAACUAAAUUAGGCCACUAUCUUCCAAUCUAACUGUUAAUCACGGCCACUUUAGAUGCUUCUAUCCAGUAAUCUCUUUAUCUUUUCUUCUGCUGCUCACUGUGGCUUCCUCUUCACAACAGAGUACAGCAGUGUAUUGUAACUUGAAUAUCUGUGAGUUUAAUACAGAUAAACAGUCUAAAGAACCAAUAUAAUGACUGUGUGGUGGUACAAAAUUAAAUCAGGAACCAAGGAAUGAAUUUCCACACUCAUACUAUUCCUUAAGAAAGAGUAAUUAACUAUUAGUUACUUUUUAAACUCUUUCUUACUUUUCUUUAGUCUUUUUUUCUUUAGUUUUUGAAAUUAAUGUAAUUUGACAUUCAGUUAUACAUUAUUUCUUUUUCCUUUUAAAAACAAAGAGCAUGGUUGUACAUAAUGUUAUACAUAAUAUUUAGUAAUGUGAAUUAAGAUUCUGACACUAACCACAGUACAAAAAAAUAACUUAAUAAUGGAGGUAAUUUACUUUUAUUAAAACUUGAAUUACUGUACUCUUUAAACUCCCAUAAACACAGUUGCACUACGUACUAGUUUUUAAAGUCAAUGUAUGAAUGCUGAACUGGCACCUGGUUCAGGGUUGGUUGCUGCCCUAAGCUUAGUAUGCUUAAAGUCGGACUUUGUGAUGGAGCUUAGAUGCAACAUUUAUUAACUAAAGAAUGAGGAAAUAUUCACUAAUGAAUGUACGUGUAAUAUUUGGGAAGCUUGUGCCCUGAUUAUGUGGGUAUCUGAUGCAUUAAAACUCUGAAUUAAGUUUCAUAUCAUUUUGUGUUUCACACGCCAAGUUUAGGGAAUUCUUACAUGAUAGAUGUUCAGUCAACUUUUUGUCUGUUCCUGUAUUUCCUAUUUAAAUAAAGUGACAAAACCCUUUUAUUUUAUAUAGCUUAUUUCGAAGUGUAUUACAUCUUAAGGCACUCUUCACAGAUUAAUAGGUAUUGUUCAGUUGUUGGACUGCCUUUUUUUUUCCAAACUGCAGUCCAGGCCAGUGAAGUGGUCCAUUGGAGUCAGACUGUGAGUCAGUGGUGCAGACUGAAAUGACCUCUUUGUGAUUAACCACAUGGGUUGUGUUCUCCUUUACUUAAUAUUGAGAUGUAAAUUGAAAGGGUGAAUAAUAAUAAUAAUUACAGUAAUAAUAGAGCAUAAAGAUAUUUGGCCUGGUAGUCCCAACUGAUUAUUAGUAAUAUAGUUAUGUUCAGACAAUGCUAACAGUCUCAAUUUAUCUUUCAUUGUAUUGUGAGAAAAUAUAUAUAUCUUUAGGUUUCUUGUUGAAAAUUUAGAGCAGGGCCUCUUUAAACCUCUGCAGCACACAUGGCAAUAUAACCUGCAUUUUUGUCACUCUUUAAUAUUGUUUUAUAUCAGUAUGCUACUGCUGGAGUAUGUGAAUUUCCCCUUGAGAUUAAUAAAGUAUCUAUCUAUCUAUCUAUCUAACCUGGCAUCCUAGCUACCAGUUUAUCACUGCCUGGAUGGGGCCAGUGGUGACUUUAGUAUUACUCCUAAAUAUUUUUUUGUUUCUUGUUUGGCUUAAAGCCACCAUAUUGUAGUUCCAUGUUUAUUUUUCACCCUACCUUCUUAUAUUUUACACAAGAUUUCAUUUUGCCUUUAUUCGUUUGCCUUAUAUUCUAAUUCCUUAUAGCAGUGGUGAAUACUACUCCAUGUUGCAAUAUUACCAUAUCUAAUCAAACUUUUAUAUUAUAGUGACUGAGCUACAGAAUUAAAUGUGGUAGGGCCUUUAUGCUAUUCUAUCUUUUUUCUACAUGUUUAGCAAUCUCAGCCUGAACCGCAUCAAUUGGAUCUCCCAGUUCCACAGUUCUUCUUGAGUUUUAUUGGCUUUAGUACCCCCCUCCAGGUUUAUAUUCUUUUCCUGUUACUCUUUUUGGGUGACAGCUCUUGUUUGUUGGCCUUUUGUUAGACAAAUUGAUUGAGCAUCAGUGAGUCCUGCCUCUGAAAUCUAACGUGCUAAAAUUCAUCUAUAAUGAGCUCUUUGUCAGUAUGGACAAC